UCAAUCGCAUUGUGUUUGUUUUGUCCAGCAGAGGGGGCUGCUCGCCAAAGCAUUCACUCUUCUUCUACUAACUACGUGCUCGAGAAAGUUAUAGAGAGAACUGCUGUGGAAGACUCGUCCAGAAGCUAGCAAGUGUCAAGUGAAUCCACAACAUCACCACAAACGUCUUUUCAAGCCAGAUUGGAGAGGAAGGUGAAGGAAAAAUUAAGGGAGUGAAGCAAGGAGAGUGUAGAAGAGUAAGGUGGAAAGGUGAAGAGAAGGAAGACGAGUGAAGAAAAGAGACGGAUCAGGAAGAUGAUUGGAGGAGAAGAAAAAGUUGAGAGUAAGAAGAGUGACACAAGGAGAGUGAAGAAGAGCAGACAGAGGAGAUACAAUGACUCUUUCCAAGAAACGGAAAUGCACUUAUGAAAAACAUGAGAGAAUUUCCAUUUAUACGCUCAGGUCAAGACGAUAGAAUGGUUCACUGCACCCUUUGUAAUUCCUCUCUUUCAAUUGGCAGCCGGAGAAGAACGGCAGUGUAAAGUCAUCCCAAAAUGUAACCUGGAAAACAUUCUUCUCUGCCGACAACAAAUACCAACUUUGGAGGACUGAAUAGGCUGGGGAGGGUCAAUUUCCAUACCAAAGUUAAAAAUGCUCUGCAGCGGGAGGUGAUUGGCUUAGGUUGUCCUGCCCACAUCAUUCAUAACACGGCCAGAACAGCUUUGGAUAUGAUGUUGAGUACCUGCUCACAAAGAUAUUUGGAUAUGUUCAUAUUUUCACUGUCAGAGUAGAGAGACUGAAAGCCUUUUGUGAGUUUGUUGGCCAGGAGUACCAUAACAUUUUAGGACACAGCAAUGUUCGCUGGCUGUCCAUGCUCCCUGCUCUAAAAAGUGCUGAAAAUGUAUGCGCCAUUGAAAUCCUUUUUUCUUUCUGAAGACAAAUGCCCUGUUGUCCUGCAAACAAUGUUCGAAGAUCCACUGACUGAACUUUAGCUGGCCUUUGUCCAUGGAAACCUGACCGUAUUCAGUGGCACGAUCAAGAUGCUUGAAGGCCAGGACCGCUGUGCGGUGGAGUCAGCUACAAUUCUGAGAAACGUUGAGGCAAAAUUGACUGUAAGACGUGAUGACAACUUCAUUCCAGUUUGUCAGAGGACUUCUGAGAGAGCUAGAGGAAAAUGGAGCCAUGUCUAAAGAGAGCUUUCUCAAAACAUCCCAAUCGUUCUUCACUAUGGCUGUGAACUACUUGCAAGCAUGGGGAAAGCACACAGAUAAUCUAAAAGAUUUACAUCGUCUCCUUUUAAAAAGGCAACCUCAGCGUGAAGAGAUCCAGAAGGCAGCAGGCACACUGCAGGAAAAAUACCCCAAUGUGACCAUCAAUGAGGAGGCCUUGUGUGACGAGUUUACUGGCCUGCAAGAGUUCCUAAAGGGGGGAUCGCUUGAAGAAUGGAAAACAUCUGAGACACCGCUUAGUCAGAGAUGGAGCACGGUGGUUGCCCACUUCAAAGAGAAUGACAUCCCACACCCUAACCUGGCUAGAUUAGCGUCUGUUGACCUGUGCUUACCUGGAAGUAAUGCACCAGUCGAGAGUGUUCUCCCAAAUAAAUGCUCUAUGGACAGCGGCAAGAAAUGGGUUCACUGUUCCUACCAUCAAGGCCAUGCUUAUUGUGAAGACAAACUUCAACCUCCCCUGCCAGGAGUUCAUGGAGAAGCUGGCCAAAGACAGAGCAAUCCUGAAGAAAAUUAAUUCUUCUGAGAAAUAUACACAUUAGAGAUAAAAAACGCUUCUACGCGUGAUUGUGAAGGGCCCGCUUCGACAAGGCCAAGGAUGAGAAGGACAUGGUCAAAGCCACUAUGAUGCAGGAGAGGAGGAAAUCUGGUCUAACCAACACCCGCAGCCUUACCUCUUCCCUGACUCUCCAGGAGGAACUUCCUAUGAAAGAUAUGACAUGUACAAGGAGUGCCUUUGAUUUGACGGCCUGCGCAGUCCGGUGCGAGAGACCGUUAGACCCGAGGAUGUGUAUCUGUGCAUGAGUUUGCUAGCCAACGUCCCCAUGACAUUGCCUACCAGCGUGAACUGGGAUUUCUGUUGGAGAAGUAGUGUCUGUGAUCUUCAUACGGUCCCUGAAUGGUGUCUAGAUCACUGGCAUCCCCCAGACGGUCAUGUAUCCUACUUUGCCAAGAGGGAGCAGUGGAAGAACCUGCAAGAACAGAGCUGGGACAAAGAGGUCCAGGAGCUGCAGGGAGUGACCCCUGCCAUUGGGCCCAAGUCGGAGGCCUUACCCCCAGUCUGCAAGAACUGCGACCUGCCCCCUCUGUGGUGGCAGUACGCCAUCCGCCCCAGGGAGCGUCCUGUCUUUCAGCCCCCGGAUGACACUACCUGGUAAUAACAGCAAAUGGCAGCUCACCACAGUACCUUCUACCACACAACAGCAUGCAGAUUCCCCUCCUUGUGAAUUACUGUCCCUCUGUAAAGAUAUUGAUAUAAUGGAAUAGCUUUGAAAGAGGUUGCAGUAAGCUUUGUCAGAAGGUAUUCCACCCUCCCUGAAUUGACAGUAAUUAUUUGGUUGUGAAAAAAAAGCAGGUGACUUUCAAAUGUACUGUAGCUGUUAUUUUCCCUGUACAAGGACAUCUGUUUAAAUAAAUUAGUAUAAUUAUUGGGAAA